AUGAACACACUCGAGCCAACACCGUUUUUAGAUAAAGAACGCUUGACUCGCUGGGUAUAUCUGGCUUUUGCCUUAUCUACGCUAUAUGUUGUGGAACGAGCUAAAAGAACUAGGAUUCCAAGUGAGAAUUUUUUCGGCAUGGCGGCAUCACUAUUGCCCACGGAGCUUUCUCACGAGGUUGCAUUAUUGCAUGCAUGUCUGGCGGGCUUUUUGAUCAAGCACAAGGUACCGAUCUUCUCACACUGGAGCGGCGCAUUUGCGGGGCUGAUGCAGUGCAUUAAUGCUGCAAAUCUUCUAGAAUGGUACAAGCAAAACCUGUUGUCAAAAAAAGUUUUUCGCGAUGCAUUCGUGUCGUCAGAUAUCGAUCCAGAAAAACUGAAGAAUAUUGGUGCUAUGAACUUUAAACGAUGGCUGACCGUGUUUUUGCCCUUGCCGCAACCAUUGGCCAUUUCGCUAAGUUACACUGCCGUCAGCAAAGUCUGCACAGUUACAUAUGCUUACGUGGGCCGAAAUAAAACAAAACAACUUCUAAUGGACGUCUACAGGCACCAAGACGCUCCACAUAUUGCUCCUAUUUUUCUUUAUAUUCACGGGGGGGGCUGGGUUAUCGCUUAUUGCAUGAACAAGUUACAGGGCGUGGACAUUUUGAAUUGGGAUGACAUGUUUUCAGAACACACGGCAGACUUUUGGGUAUUUGCAGAGGAGGUUCUGUAUGUAAUCCAAGCACAACGUCUAAUUGAUUUGAUUCGACUUCGGGAAACAAAUGUGCAUGGUGAUUCACUUCCUGCGUACGAACAAGAGUUGAGGCAAAGAAUAUUUGCCUUUUGGAAAGAGAGAGAAAAUAUGACUAAGGCGAUGUUUGACAACAUUAUUUCGUAUACUGAUGAAAAGGAUGAGACGGUCAUUACACCUUUAUGGGAAUCUUACCAAGAAUUUUUGAACAAAAACUGA